AUGGUCUCCACGCGACAUCAUCCCCGGGAUUUCCCCCCUCCAGGUUCUGCCACGAGGUCCGCCUCGCCUCCGUCGUCCCCGUCUACCCGGGGCUCCGCGACAGCCAAAACAUGGGCCCAUACCCCCUCUGCCGCCGUGACUAUCUGGCUCGUGGUGUCGAUCCCCUUGGUCCUCUGGGAUUCCGGGUACGUAUUGCUGCGCCCCCAUAGCAUGCCGGGGAACAAUCUGCAUGCCCCUCUCUGGACCCCAUACGCGCUGUACGGUACCAUUGAUCAUAUGUACGGCUGGCCGGCCUACAAUGCCCGCAAUGGGUUCACUGCCGCGCAGACGGUCCUAAAUCUCGUGGAAACCCUAGCCUAUCUCUACUACCUGGUGACUGUGUAUCGACAUGGAACGACCACCACUUCGACCAGUCGCAGGUCUCAGCGCAAGGUCCAGAAGGGCUUGUUGUGGCUGCUGAAGGAUGAGAAAGUGGUCCACGGGCGCAAGGGAGCGAUCGCGCUUCUAGUCGCUUAUAGCGCAUCGCUGAUGACCCUGGGCAAAACCAUCAUCUAUUGGUUGAAUGAGGUUUUCUCUGGAUUCCACAAUAUUGGACAUAAUGAUAUUUGGGUAUUGGUCUUCCUGUGGAUUAUCCCAAAUGGACUUUGGAUUGUCUUUCCCAGCUACAAUGUUUAUCUCUUGGGCUCUGAAAUUGUCGGAUCGUUGGAUAGUCUGGCACCACGUCAGCGACCUGGACGGCCGAAGUCAUCAUAA